UCUGAGGGCACCAGUGCCCUUGUACCACUCCGCAAUAUGUCCCGCAUGUCCCAUUUAUCGAGGCUCUGGAAAGCCUGGCAGGUGCGAAGGCGCAACCGUCAGGUAGCUGCGCCAGCCGCAGAGACUGGGGUAGUAGGACUUAUGAGUCCUGGAGUAAAGGAAGAGCAUGCAAUACCUAGAGAAGGAAACAAAGACGACGCCAAAGUUCCUGCCAAUGAAAAACCCAGCGUACAUAAUGGCAGAGCAGAAAGCACCACUUCAAAACGCCGAGUAGGGUUCAUGGAUCUCCCGGGCGAAAUACGCAAUAAAAUAUACAAAUACCUACCCUUGUGUGACACUCCUCAGCUCGUCGCCUGGAGCUCGAAGAAAGACAUCUCCCGCGGGCUUCUCCGAUCCCCAAUCUACCGUCUCAACCGCCAAAUUCGCUCCGAAGCUCUUUCAAUUCUGUGCACCGACCGAAGUUUUACCAUUCUCGAAAACCGCGCCUUGGAUUUGUUCCUCGAAGCUAUAGGGCCCUCAGGCCGUGCCAGCCUCACUCAUCUCACGAUAAUUGCCAUCAUCGAAGGUGGUCCUUCGUACAAUUACAAAGACCAUCUGUUCAAGUCAUUGCUUCAAUUAGAUCUAAAAUACCUGUGUCUGGAGCUGAACUUCGAACCGGACGGCAACCUUCCAAGGUUGAAAGAGCAAUUCAUUAAGUGGUGCAGGAGCUUUCGUGAGGUUUUCCUUCGCGACAAUGAAACCAUCGAAUUUCGGCAUGGUGUUCAUCUAGGCCUGGAAGAGGUGAUCCGCACCGUUCCUGAUGAAGCAAGGAAACUUAAUCAUUCCUACGUAGUAUUGAUGCGGGAGACACCUUACGCCAAUGAGGAAGACAUUCUGAACAUGAUUGAGAAAGGAGAGCCAUGGUGGGACCAUACUCAACUCUAAAAAUCAAGCCGCGGUUCUCUAUGGAGGAAAUUUGGGCGCCAGGUUGGUACUCGACUGUUGGUAAAUUGAUUGCAUAGCGUGGAAGAUUCUCAUUGCGCACUUCUAUACCUUUGCUCUGUGGACGGAAUGCAGCUUCUGAGAGAGACGACCUUAAGCCGUGCAUAAUCAGUGAAUAUGCGGGGAAAUGAUGGCAGAAUGCAAACAUGAUCCUCCAAAUGUUCAGUAUACUUUAUCUCUUAUGGAGGGUACUGUUGCCAUAUCCGCAUCGAUUAGAUAUUAUCAAGGGCUUUGAUAGAUAGUCCAACUUCGAGAUGGCCAAUAUCUGUUGGCAGGGGAAAGGCCCGGCCCACCAUUUGUGAAUUGUGUAGUAUACGGACUUGUAUUGGAGGUGGCGUCCGGUUCGCUGUGUGGACGGGCGGAGGAGCGGAGUCCGCAGAAUGAAGGGAAAUAGUCGGAGUUUGAUGGCGUCCUGGGG